CUGACGAGGAAGGGAAGGAGGUUUGUUCAGUGCAACCCCCCCCCCGCAAAAAAAAAAAAAAAAAAAACACAACUUCUACGCAUUAUCUCUUUGUGAUUGUACUAUUAAACCGUCAAUAACAACAUAUCUUGAGGACGAAUAUAGGCCGCGGCGCCAUGGCAACCUCCAUUAGCACGCAGAGGGGACAGGUGUACAUCGGAGAGCUGCCCCAGGAUUUCCUGCGGGUCACCCCCACGCAGCAGCAGCAGCAGAUCCAGCUUGACGCACAGGCAGCCCAGCAGCUCCAGUACGGAGCCACCAUGGGAACAGUGGGCAGGCUGAGCAUCACCGUGGUGCAGGGCAAACUGGCGAAGAACUACGGGAUGACACGGAUGGACCCAUAUUGCCGAAUCCGGCUGGGCUACGCGGUGUACGAGACGCCCACAGCACACAAUGGGGCCAAGAACCCACGCUGGAACAAGGUGAUCCAGUGCACCGUGCCGCCGGGCGUCGACUCCUUCUACCUGGAGAUCUUCGAUGAGAGAGCCUUCUCCAUGGACGACCGGAUCGCCUGGACGCACAUCCCCAUUCCGGAGUCUCUGAAGGAAGGGAAGGUGGUGGACGAGUGGUACAGUCUCAGUGGCCGACAGGGAGACGACAAGGAGGGGAUGAUCAACCUCGUCAUGUCAUACACAUCUGUGUCAGCCAGCAUGAUGAUGCAGCCUCAGCCUGUAGUUCUGAUGCCCACUGUGUACCAGCAGGGAGUGGGAUACGUUCCUAUCGCAGGAGUGCCAACAAUCUACAACCCUGGGAUGGUUCCAAUGGGGGUUCCUGCUCCAGUGGCCAAUUCACAGCCCCUCUACAACGAAGAGGACCUCAAAUCUCUCCAGGACAUGUUCCCUAAUCUGGAUAAAGAAGUGAUUCGCUCUGUUAUGGAGGCUCAGCUGGGCAACAAGGACGCUGCCAUUAACUCCUUGCUUCAGAUGACAGAAGAAUUAUAGAUCCAGGCUCCAUUCGUUUAUGAGCUCAUACAUCAGUGUGUAAUAUUAUAUAUAUAUAUAUAUAUAUAUAUAUAUAUAAUAUAUAUAUAUAUAUAUAUAUAUAUAUAUAUAUAUAUAUAUAUAUAUGUGUGUGUGUGUGUGUAUCUUUUGUGUAUGUGGGUACACACACACAAAGACUUUGUUUUCUCCGCAGUUCCGUGAUAGUGAUGGGGGGGGGGGCUGCCAUUAUAUGAUAAUGAGUGGGUUUCUGCCAUUAGAUUAUUUUAUCAAUUUAUU